UCCAACGCAAAAGGACAGGAAAGAAGGAAUUUAACUGCGCUCUGCAAUGAGGACAACUCGUUAGAAGAAUUAACCCAUAUAAACAAGGCUGAAAACACUUCACGCUCCAACACUGAAACAGAAAACACCAUUACAAAAUCACAGAAUCAAUCUGCUACGGUUCAUGUAUAUGACCAUGCGAAACGUCUAUUCAGUAUCGAGGUUGAUAACGACAGGGUAUUGGAUAGCAUUCAUCACGGGCUUAGGAGUAAGAAAAGAUGGCCUUCUGACGAUACGAUACUUAUAUCACACGCCGGGAAAAUAAUCAGCGGUGAGAGACAGCCACAAAUGGCAAAUGGAGACAACAUUCAUAUCGCUGUAAAAGGGAGGGGAGGGAUGAAAGAAGGCGACCCUCCAAAUGAAAAAGAAAUGCUUGACACCAUCGAGAAAAACGAUAACGAAAGCUCCAAGAAAGAAGAGCUGGUCGGCCCUCUCGAGCAAUGUGAUGAUACACAAGAACAUAUUGACAUUUCCGAAGAAACGCAUCAAGGUUAUCUUACUGGUGAAGAUGAAGAGAAGACAUGCAAUCAGUCUGGAACAGAAAUGGAUAAAAAUGAUACUCAGGAAGAGAAACAGGGUGAUAUAAUUACGGGAGAUGGCAACGAAAAUUCUAAAGAAAAAAAUAUGCCAGUUAAUAGUACCGACACAGACCCUUCUGAUGAGUACAAACAAGGUGACCCUCUCAAUGAAGAAGGCCUGGUCGACCAUUCUGAUGAGCACAAACAAGGCGACCCUGCUCAUGAAGGCGGCCUGGUCGAUCCUCCCGAUGAGUGCAACCAAUGUGAAUCUGCCAAUAAAGUAGACCAGGGCGAUCCUCUUGAUGAGUACAAAGAAGGCGGCCCUGCUCAUCAAAAAGACCAGAGAGACAUUCCUGAUGCAUACAAACAAGACGACCACGUCAUUGAAGAAGGCCUGGCCGAAUCUCCUGAUGGGUACAAACAAAGUGAACUUGCCAAUAAAGGCAAGGUCGAUCCUUCUGAUGAGCACAAACAAGACGACCCUACCCCUGAAGAAGGCCUGGUCGACCAUUCUGAUGAGUGCAACCAAAGUGAAACAGCCCAUAAAGAAGACCAGGACGACCCUCCUGAUAAGUACAAACAAGGCGACUCUGCUACUGAAGAAGGCCGGAUCGACCCCCCUCAUGCCUACACAGAAGGCAGCCCUGCCCAUCAAAUGGACCAGGGAGACAUUCCUGAUGCAUUCAAACAAGACGACUAUGUCCAUGAAGAAGGUCAGGUCAACCCUCCUGAUGAGUACCAACAAGGCAACCAUGCCCAUGAAGAAAGUCAGACCGACACUUUGAAUGAGUGCAAACAAGGUGACACUGUCAACGAAGAAGGCCAUGUUGACCCUGAUAGUGAGUACAAAAAAGCCAACCAUGACCAUAAAGAAGGCCUGGUUGACCCCUCUGAUGGGUACACACAAAGAGAACUUGUCAAGAAAGAAGACCAGGCCGACCCUAAUGAUGAGUACAAACAAGGCGACCAUGACCGUCGAGAAGGCCCUGUUGACCCCACUGGCGAUGACCGUCCGACAUAUCCACAUGGACAUACAGCAAAGGUGAAGAUUUCCUCCCCAUUAAAAUCAACUUUCGCACAAGGUUCAGAAGUGUUCCAAGCUCGACUUAUUGCUGAACUGGGGUUGGAAGACCAUUUUCCUGAUAAGCUGACGUAUACCGAUGUGAUGUCUAUAAACGAUCACGAAAAAGAAGAGGCAGACACGUUAGAGGACAUCCCAAGGUUAAUUCUACGAAAAUUGAUCAUGCUUGAUUUUACUAGUAGGGAAAAUGAUUUAGACAAAUGUUUAACCAAAAUGAGCAGGUCAAACGAAAAAUCACUUUUAACAGAAGGAAAUCUUCCAAAUAAAAAUUUCAUAAAAAAAUAUAAGGAAUACUACAUGAGCUCAUGUCCCGAAUGUUUUAGCGCUGAGUUUAUUCCCAUCAGUGAUAAAGGUAAAAACAUCAGUUUAUCGGAGAUUAAGAAAGCGACUCUAAAUAAAAUGGGUACAUUGCUCUGUGAUAUGAGCACCCGGAAAACCCUGCACGAUAUGUGUACACACGCAAGAAUCAUGGGGUUAUUUGUAGAUGAAGACCUGCCCGCGUGCAAAAGAGGAAUAGAACUAGCCAAUACGAUUUACGACGAAAUCAGGCACUGUGAUCUUGUAGAUAUAAAAUCAAAGUUUACACCAUUACAAAAAGAUUGUUGGAAAAUGUAUACUGAUGCAAUGAAAGAAUUUUUUAAUCCACGGUAUGAUCUCAGAGAAAAAGAUCAACUGAAGCAGAAAAUGGAAUCACAAAGAAAACAGCAAUGGUAUGCUUACAUCAAUGGAGAUCCAUUUAUGAAACAUGUUAUUGGUAUCAUUUUUGAACUGGAUGGUGACGAGUUGGUUUGCUUUCUAGACACACUGAAAUUUAAUCUCGAUGAAAAAUCCAGGACAGAAAUACCGUUCUAUCGUCAGCGUUUUGCUGAAGCCUGGGAUACACUACAAACGAAGUCAGAUUCUGACAAAGCUCAGACUCGAAAAAACUUCGACAAAGCUGAACAACACCUCAGUGAAGCCUCGUUUGGUAUCGAGCAUAUUUUUCGUGAAAUAGGUCAAAUUUACGUGGCUAGUCUGACUUCGAAGGACAAAGAGUUUGGGUUUAACUUAGCUAAAGCAGUAGCACGGUCCAUAACACUAGGGUACCCAUUUGAGUUAAUGGAUGGUGAUGUAGCAAACGUUCCACUGGAAUGGAUAGAUGGUGUUUUCAAGGAACUUAAAAGUAUGCUGAAUAACGAACGUGUACUCUCACUGUCGAUUCUGGGACUACAAAGUUCAGGAGAGAUGAGGAAGAAAGACUGGAAAUUCGACGAGACUGAAAUGAAAGAAUUCCCUAAGUGUAUUCUAGAACAUAUAGAUAAAUUCAACCAUGAUACAAAGAACGGCUUUACCCUUCUCGGGCCAUACAAAGCGAGACUUGUAGUCCAUGUAUUUGGGCGAGCUCUUCCAUUGCUGAAAAAACUAGAUUCAGAAUACAGGGCAAAACAUAGCAUGAAAACCAAAUUGAACAAUCAUAAAAAGGCCGUUUGGGACCAUUUUAAAGAUGUUGUUGCUGAAAGAUCAGCUACCAUGAUAGCCAGUAACAGAUUUUGUGAAGUCAUCAGCGUUCAAAUUGAGGACAAAGUCAGAAAGCCAACUACCCGAUUCAAUAUAUGA